GUCAUAUGACAUCCUACCAUUCUCACUGCGCAUGCGCGGCUCAGGGAGCGCGCAGCGCCGUCGAUCGCCGAUCAUCAGGGCACUGAUGAUCAGUGUGCCCUGAUGAUCAGUGUGGCCCCAGAAGUGCCACCUGUUAGUGCCCAUCAGUGCCAGUGCCCAUCAGUGCCAGUGCCCAUCAGUGUCACAUCAAUGCCACAUAUCAGUGCAUACCAGUGCACAUCAAUACCACAUAUCAGUGCCCAUUUGAGCUGCCUUUCAAUGUCACCCAUCAGUGCCAGUCAGUGCUACCUAUCAAGGCCAAUCAGUGCCACCUAUCAGUGCUGCCAGUCAGUGCCGCCUAUCAGUGCCAGCCAGUGCCGCCUAUCAGUGCCAGUCAGUUCCGCCUAUCAGUGCCAGUCAGUGCCACCUAUC